AUGAAUUCUUGUUCAUUACGAUUCUUGGAUUCUUGUGAUUGUUCUUAUCUUAGCAUUUUAUCUGCCUGUGUUGCUCGAAUCACCAUGUUUCAUACACUUUGUCAAAGACGCCCCUUUUUACGAAGGAACCUCUUGUUACCUGCACUGAGGAAGUUUUGUUGUUGGUGUGGAGACUCGAGAUUAUUCGCCCGGGCACCCUAUUUUCCAGUGUCGGAGAAAACAAGAUACAUCAUCUCAUAUUCUCUUAUAUUCUUUCUUUUUUAUCCAUCCUCUGAAUGUAAUUGUUGUAGUUUUAGAAAUGUAGCAUUCAUGUACGACGAUAGAGCAUAUGCUGAUUCGUGGCAGUGUAUAAUUUGUUAA